AUGGACUCCCGACUCUCUGUUGAUGUCGAAAAGUACAUAAAAAGCGCGAUUUUCACCUCACAACAUUGGAAACUCCCAGACAAUCGAGGCUCGGCGACGGAUUCGAAAGCGGGAACGAUUAAAAAAGCAGCCGUGAUCGGUGGCGGAACGAUGGGACGAGGGAUUGCAAUUUCCUGUGUUCGAGCCGGCUUUGAAACGAUUUUAAUUGAAAAUGAUGAAAAAGCUUUAACACUAGCAAGCAAAGAACUCGAAAUCACGUACGCGCGAGAGACAAAACUCGGCAGAAUGUCGGAAAAAGAUGUGGAAAGACUGAGGAAAAUGCGGAAAUCGAUCGAUUUAAACGAUUUAAGCGAUGUGGAUUUGGUGAUUGAGGCGAUUUUCGAGAACAUGAAACUGAAAAAAGAGCUCCUCAAAAAGUUGGACAAGAUUUGUAAAUCGAGUUGCUGUUUUGCCUCGAACACGUCAAGUCUCGAUUUUGAUGAGCUCUCCUCACCGCUAUCCGAUCGAUCGAGAUUGGUUGGAAUGCAUUUCUUCAACCCUCCACAUGUCAUCAAAGUGAUCGAAAUCGUUUACGGAUCGUACACAAGUAAAGAAGCCGUGGCGACAGCGUUCAACGCGACAAAUGCUAUGCAAAAGAUUGGAAUCCUUGUCGCCAAUUGCCCAAGUUUCAUGUUCAAUCGACUUCUCGGAGUGUAUCUGCAUCAAGCGAUGAAACUUGUCUAUCAACAUGGAAUCUAUCCAAAAGACAUUGAUCGAAUCAUGAUGUCAUUUGGGUUGUUGAUGGGUCCAAUGACAAUGCACGAUAUGAAUGGGAUUGAUGUUAGCGCUCGGAUCAAAUCCGAACACGGAAUGCCGCUUUCAUCAAUUGAGGAGGAGCUUUUGAAAAGAAAAAGAUUCGGCAGGAAAACUGGAAAAGGCUAUUAUAAAUACGACAAGAAUGGCUUGAAAACGGAUGAUCCUGAAGUGAAAGAGAUCAUUGAUCGAUUGUCAAUUGGACAAAAUAAACAACAAAGAUUCUUCUCUGAAUUGGAUAUUGUCAACUUUUUGCUUUAUCCAAUGGUGAACGAGGGAUUUCUGUGUCUUGAGGAUGGGAUUAUUGAGAGAGUUGAACACAUCGAUCUUAUGUUUCAUUAUGGGUUUGGUUGGCCGUCAAGACAUGGAGGACCAAUGAGAUGGGGUGAGAAAUUCGAAGGACUCACGAAGAUCCGAGAAACGAUGAGGAAUUGGCACGCAGCAGAACCAGAUGAGUUCACGUAUCGUCUUUGCGAGAAAUUCGAGCAUCAAUCAAAAAUC